AUGAAAACGACGACGAAACCGUUCUCAUUGACGUACGUGAGAUACCCAAUAAUUGACGACUCCUAUUAUUUCAAAGGCAAAUUCUUAGCCAUCGCUUCUUUAUCUCCAAUCUUCACGGUCGCGCACACCAUCGCCUGUUUCUGUUCCCAACGAGAACUGUUCGAUUUCACCUUAGUGGUUGGAAUAUUCUUAAACGAAUGCUUAGCGCAGCUGUUAAAACACUACUUGCAACAGGAGAGACCGAAAUCGUGUCAGAGAUUGGAUUUUUGCGACACGCACGGGAUGCCGAGUUCGCACGCGCAGUUGGCGUUUUUUAACAGCGCGAUGUCGGUUUUGGUGUUGUUGAGGAGGUGGAAACACGCGAAGAAAUAUCGAGGAGAGGGAGAAAAAGCGGGAGUGGAUGUGUCAUCUUCUGUGCUUUCGUUGAUGACUGUUCCAAUAGCAGUAAUCGUGGGGUAUUCUAGAGUCGAGUUAGGGUACCACACGAUCGAGCAAGUCGUCGCGGGUGCCGCGAUUGGGUUGAUGUUUGGUUCGAUGUGGUUUCUCGUCACGACGAGAGUGUUCGCGAAGCAGUUUUCUGAGUUGGUGAAAGAGGACGACGAUCACGCGAGUAACAGCGCCAGGGUUCGGGGGAAGAAAAGACGAAGAUUUGGAAAGUUACUGAGGGAGACGCUGAACAUGAGAGACUCAUCGAUGUGUGCGAACCCGUUGACGAUUUCGAGAGAGAGGGUGGAGCUGGAAAAUUUCGCGUUUCCGAUGAAAGAUGUCGUCGGUUUGUUAAAUACCCCGUCCUUAAAGAAAGUAGAUUAG